AUGGUAGUAGAAGGGCAUCAGUUCAAGGUGAACUUGAUUUGUUUACCUCUACAAGGGUUAGCGGCGAUCUUAGGGAUGGAUUGGCUAUCUGCCAAUCGUAUCCUUAUAGAUUGUGGUGAGAAGAAACUAUUGUUUCCGGAGAUUGACGAGCAGACAUGGUUAUCUUCGGGACAAGUGAGGCAAGAGUUGAUCGUAGGUUCAGUUUGUUUCAUGGUGCUAACUCAUCUAGAAGUGGAGCAGCAAAGCCAGAGGGGGAAUCACUCCGUUGUGAGUGACUUUCUUGAUGUGUUUCCUGAGGAAGUGUCAGGAUUGCCUCCUCAGAGGGAGGUUGAGUUUUGUAUUGAUCUGGUGCCAGGUGCAG